AUGAAGUUUAUGAAGUUAGGGUCUAAACCUGAUACAUUUGAAGCUGAUGGAAAAUUCGUCAAGUAUGCUAUCUCGGAUCUAGACAGCGAUCUUACUAUAAAUGUCGGCGAGGUCACAUUUCACCUCCAUAAGUUCCCGCUGCUAUCGAAAAGCAAUCGGAUGCAGAGACUGGUUUGUCAGGUGAAUGAGGAUAAAACCGAUGAGAUCACUAUAUUAGACAUCCCGGGAGGACACGAAGCGUUUGAGAUCUGUGCUAAGUUUUGCUACGGGAUGACUGUCACGCUCAAUGCUUUCGACAUAACCGCUGUGCGAUGUGCAGCUGAGUAUCUUGAAAUGACUGAAGAUGCUGAUCGCGGUAAUCUCAUAUACAAGACCGAGGUUUUCCUCAAUUCGGGAAUAUUCAGAAGCUGGAAAGACUCGAUCAAUGUGCUUCAGACGACAAAAUCUCUUCUUCCUUGGUCUGAAGAUCUGAAGCUUGUUGGUAGAUGCAUUGAUUCAGUUUCAUCUAAGAUUUUGGUGAACCCCGAGACGAUCACUUGGUCUUAUACACACAACAGGAAGUUAUCUGGACCCGAUAAGAUAAUCGAGUAUCAUCGGGAGAAGAGAGAGGAGAAUGUAAUUCCAAAAGAUUGGUGGGUUGAAGAUGUAUGUGUGCUUGAGAUUGAUAUGUUCAAGCGGGUGAUGAGUACUGUGAAAUCGAGUGGAAGGAUGAACAACGGUGUAAUUGCAGAAGCUCUUAGGUACUAUGUUGCUAAGUGGUUACCAGAAUCUAUGGAGUCUUUAACAUCAGAAGCUUCUUCAAACAAACAUCUCGUUGAGACGGUUGUUUUCUUGUUGCCCAGAGUAAAUAGAGCGAUGAGCUACUCUACUUGCAGCUUCUUGCUGAAGCUCCUUAAAGCUUCAAUCUUGGUUGGUGCUGAUGAGACUGUAAAGGAAGAUUUGGUUGAAAACGUGAGCUUGAAGCUGCACGAGGCCUCGGUUAAGGAUCUACUAAUCCAUGAAGUGGAAUUAGUUCAUCGGAUUGUCGAUCAGUUCAUGGCUGAAGAGAAACGUGUCUCUGAAGAUGAUCGGUACAAGGAGUUUGUUUUAGGAAAUGGGAUUUUGUUGAGCGUAGGAAGAUUGAUCGAUGCUUACCUCGCACAUAACUCUGCUCUUACACUCUCUAGCUUCAUUACGUUAUCCGAGCUGAUCCCGGAAUCAGCUAGGCCGAUCCACGACGGUCUAUACAAAGCCAUUGACACUUUCUUGAAGGAACAUCUGGAGCUAACGAAAUCGGAAAAGAAGAGACUUUGCGGGUUAAUGGAUGUAAGGAAACUAACGACCGAGGCAUCAACACACGCAGCACAGAACGAGCGACUUCCAUUACGAGUUGUGGUGCAAGUUCUCUACUUUGAGCAGCUCCGUGCUAAUCACAGCCCUGUCGAGUCAGUUGCAGCUUCUUCACAGUCGCUGACACCAGUGGAGAAGACGCUAAUGCCGUCGAGGUCAAGGAGGAUCUUUGAGAAGAUAUGGCCAGGGAAAAGAGAGAGUAGUAACAAAAGCUCUGAGGUUUCGUCUGGGAGCUCGCAGAGCCCGCCGGCCAAGUCCACGAGCUCGUCUUCCCGGCGCCGGAGACACUCUAUAUCGUGA